AUGACUCCCCCCACCCAGAUACCCCUCGGUGCCCCCUGUGGGAGGGUCCCUGCAGAACAGGUUGCGUGCAAGAGGAAUCGGGAGGCUACCCAGCACCCCUCUCUGGCUGCGCCUUCUAAGGCGGCUGAGCCUUCCGCGUCUGCCUUGUGGGGGCCCCCCUACAAGCAGAUCCGUGGCCAGGUCGGUGCCUCAGGGGGGCCCUUCGCGGCGCUUACGGUCGCGGCUAACCGUGUCACUUCGAAGCUUCUCUCUCCCUCUCUGGGGGGCAGCCAGAAGCUGCAGAGCGCAGUCUGCAUCGGAGCCAAGGGGCGGGCAGUGCUGGCAGUGAAGGGCGGGAAUGAAGCGGCCUCCGCCACCAAGGAGCUGUCCCCCCUUGGGACCCCUUCGGGUGUCUUGACACUGCAGGGGCCGGAGGAGAAGCUGACUUCCCCGACGGAUGGCAGCAAACCUCUAUCGCCGCCCCUCCAGAAGGAGAAAGAGGACGAUUCCACUCGCACGAAACCAGCUGUCCAGCCACCCUGCUCUGCUCCUGCAUCCUUAGAGGAGCCCUGGCGUGUCUCCCAGCGCUGCCGCUUGUUUCUGUACGAUCUAAGCGCUGCGUACAGCAGAGAUACAGGCCAAGACAACAACCACAACUCGCGCACUGCGCAGAGUGGAUACUGCCAGGAAGCCUUCAGGGCUGACGGCGCCCACCCUGGCGACUACCUGAAGGGGUUCAAGAGGUUGACUCCAGAAGCCAGAGACCUCAUUGUGUGCAUUCUGAACAAAGUGGCCAUCCAGCUGGCUCAGCAGGGAAGCUGGCAGCCGCAGGGGAAGCCUCAAGACUCCCUGGAUCCUCGAGUCGCUGCAGUUGUGGGUGUGGCGGUGCAGCUGUUCGAUCGCGUCAUGGCUGUUAUCCACAAGGGAGACGCGGCUUACGGUGUCAGUGCAGAGAGGAAGCAGCAUCCGCUUAGGGGGCUUGCGGGACGGGGGGGGACGAGUCCGUUGCUCUUGAACCAGCUGAUAGCAAUCGCUUGUUUCAGUUUUGCAGAUCGCCUGGAAGCCAUUGCCGCCACGGAUUACGGAACCCUCGUUGACAUCUGGAGGCAAAACACGGCGGGGAUGCUUCGAAGCGCUUGGCCUUCGUCUCUUACGUUUACGGAUGCGCUGAGAAGCAAGCUGCUGCUCAUCGAGAGGAUCAUUGUCGCGUACAUCGCGCCUUCCGGCAACAUCGCGGUGGCUCCCACGUCGGAGCUGACGGAGAGCCUCCUGAACGUCGGAUUUCUUUUUGCGACAGCCCACUACCGAUGCGCUUUGCGCAAGGAUGGUGCGGAGGAGGCAGCAGCGGCGGCAGCGGCAGCAGACGAGAAGGAGCAGCGGCAGCGAGAGGCGUUGGUCUGCACGAGAACGAAUUCCUUAGAAGCGUCUCCGAAAGAAGCAGCGCCUUCACAAGCGAACCCCUUCGAAGACGCCUUGAUAUGCCGCGGGGUGUCGCCCGCUGCAGCUGCCUCCACGGCAUUAUCUCUACGUGUCAGUGGCAGCAGCCGUGUCGAUAUUUCGCGGCAAGUGGCGCAGGUCUUCGUGCGCUUGGCUCUUCUGGACAGAAAUAUUUGUCUGCAAUUCAAGCCUUCCACAGUUGCAGCGGCUGCUGCACAGCUAGCGAUGUUUCACUCGGGAGGGGCCUCCUCCUUCCCCCCGGAGCUCCAGGCAGCUUUAGGUGCAGCGGCGGCAGCCGUGGCUGCAACAGGUGGGACUGCCUCCUUCCGAGCAGUGCGCCGCUGUCAGUUCCUCAUGCUGCACAAGUGGCUAAGCGUGAAACGCAUCUUGCUGCAACGAGGCGUGGGAGCCUCGGGAGGAUCUCCCGGAGCCGUCAACGAGUAUCUCCCGGAUCGCCUCAUCGCGGAAUGGGUGCAGAGAGGCCUGACUCUUCCUCAUCACCGCAGAGUGCUGCUUGCCGUCCAGCAGCACGCCAACAGUCUUGUCCGCUGCCAGGCAAUCGCCAAGCAGCAGGAGUUGUUGCAGCAGCAG